CUCGGGCAAAAUUUUAGCCGGAAGGCGACGUAUGGGUAAUUUAGUACGAAUUGACUACAAAAUAUGAUCACGCUGUAGAUUUCACAUCGAGGUAGUACUUCAUGAGAAUUAUACGUACCUACGAGUACCUACAUUAUAAAAAUUCGUGUCAUGUCAAUUCUAAAAUUUAGUGUGUUUUUUCCACAAAUGCGUAGUGUAAAAUUGAGUUUGAAUAAUUGUGAUUAUUUUUGUGAUAAUUUUUCACCAACUUUUACGUUCAGUUAACUCGCUUGGUCUUAUUUAUAUUUACGUACGAUAUUGGUGAAAAGUUCGAUACGAGAAGCAACGUUUAAAAUUAGGAAUUCCAUUAUAGAUAUGUCGAGAAUUGGCAACUGGUUAAGUCAAUUAACCAGGCGUAAAACAAACGCAUUCGAAGGUGAAACCGAAGAAAAACUCGCUCGCGUCUUAGGACUACUGGAUUUAUCGUUCUUAGGAAUUGGGUCGACCCUUGGCUUAGGAGUUUACGUUCUUGCAGGAGAAGUAGCAUUAGAAGCAGGACCAGCUGUCACGAUUUCAUUUCUAAUCGCUGCCAUCGCGUCUGCUUUUGCUGGUUUAUGCUUUGCGGAGUUAGCAUCACGAGUCCCCAAGGCAGGAUCGGCGUAUGUAUAUUGUUACGUCACUAUUGGCGAGUUUGCAGCGUUUGCGAUAGGAUGGAAUUUGAUUUUGGAGUACACCAUUGGUACGGCGGCUGUUGCAAAAGCGCUCAGUAAAGCUGUGGAUUAUUAUGCCAACAAUUUUAUUAACAGCACGUUAACAAGUAUACUUCCUAUGAAUAUGCCUUUCAUGGCACCUUAUGUUGAUUUAUUCGCUUUUGGUCUUGUAUCAACACCGACUGCAUUGCUGGCUUUCGGUGCGAAAGAAUCAUCAGUAGUGAACAAUAUACUCACUCUAGUCAAUAUUUUAACUGUGUUGAUUGUUAUAAUCGCCGGAAUAUUUAAAGCUAAUGCCAGUUACUGGGCUAUAUCAAAAAAGGAUAUACCAGCUGUAAUCAGAGGUAAACAAGUUGAAGGCGGUUCAGGUGGGUUUUUACCUUUUGGGUGGAACGGAGUUCUUAAAGGAGCUGCCAGAUGUUUUUUUGGAUAUGUUGGUUUUGAUGUAAUUGCGACCACAGGAGAAGAAGCCAAAAAUCCAAAACGUAAUGUUCCAUUGGCUCUUAUCAUUUCUUUGGUGGUUAUUUUCAUGGCCUACUUUGGUAUUGCAACUGUUAUUACCAUGUUAAUUCCAUAUUACGCGCAAGAUAAAGAUAAAUCAUUAAUUAUAGCUUUUGAAGAUAAAUUACCUGUCAUAGCCGUUAUUGUAGGAAUUGGAGCUAUGUCUGCGUUGUCGGCCAGUUUGCUUGGAGCUAUUUUCCCUUUGCCAAGAAUUUUAUAUUCUAUGGCCAAUGAUGGAUUACUUUUCAGUAGUUUUACCAAUGUCAAUAAGUUCACAAGAACUCCUCUCAUUGCUACAGUAGUAUCUGGUGUACUAUCGGGAAUAUUUGCCGCAGUGUUCAAUUUAGAUGCAUUGACGGAAUUGAUGUCAUUAGGCACUUUGUUGGCGUAUUCGAUUGUUGCUUUGUGCAUUCUUAUUAUAAGAUACAAAGAGGUUGAAAACAAAGUACAUGGGUCACCGAACUCAUCACCGAGAAAUAGGAAUUCAGAAUCGAAUCAUUUUUGGUCCGCUGUGAAAGCUUUGAGCAAUAGAAACCCUACAGCAAGGUCUGAAAAAAUGACACAGUGGUUACUGUUUUUCUCCAUGAUUUUCAUUACGAUGUUGUGUUUUAUAUUGGUUAAUGGCAAUACCAUCUUUGAGCACGAAAGUGCCUUGUUUCAUGGACUGAUAAUUGGACUGUCAAUUUUAUGUAUUCUGUGUUUCAUUAUCAUUUGCUGGCAACCCCAAAAUAAUGCAUUUGCUUCAUUCAAGGUUCCUCUGGUGCCAUUGGUGCCUAUUUGCAGCAUAUUCAUGAAUAUAUACCUCAUGAUGACUUUCCAAGGGAUGACGUGGGUUUUAUUCAUUAUCUGGUUGAUAGUAGGUUUUGCUAUCUACUUUUUUUAUUCGUUGAACCACAGUGUUGAAGGUAACACACGUAGAAAUAUUCAGACUGAUGGUUACGCUGAAGUACCUUUGAAUUGUGAUAACACUCAAAUGUGAGAAUACGUACUUGCCAAGAGUAAUAUUAAUUGAGGACAUUUGUACUGAUAUUACCAAAAAAAUAAUGUUGUGAUGUUAUUUUUUAAUUCGUUCUGUCGAUGUCAAUUCGUUUUUUAUUAAUACUCAUUUGUAACUUUUUACUCAAGUACUUGUAAGUUACUUAUUUUUACCUCAAUUAUUUUUCUUUAUGUGUACUUAAGGUUUGAGUUGAGUAACAGAUUUUGACCAAAUUUAGCAGAAAUCUUUAUUUCAAGUUACUCUCAACAUUUUUUUAGCUCUGAACGUGCCUUCAGAGGGGAGAUUUGUGCCCUCAAAAAGGGACAUUUUCGAAAAAAUCAUGGUUUGUUCGCUCCUGUUGCAACACAACCUGUUUUGGGAAAAAUGGCCCAGCCUUAUAAAUGAAAAUAUUCUACGUUAUUUCCGUCAAAUUCCAAAACCACUCUUAGGGUUCUACUAAGUGUUUGGAAUAUGUAAUUCCCAAAUCGCUUAUUUUUGGAUGAAUUCGUGUUUUGAAAAUUUUUUCUUGGCAAAUAUUUCGUAUUUAUUAUGCUAAAAUAUUUAAAAAUCAUUCCUGAAACUGGGGAAAUAUUUUAGAACGCAGUGGUGCCAAUUUUUAUAUUUUUACCGAUUUCAAAAAAUUAGUAAAAAACUAAUGAAAUUUUUUCAAUUUUUUGAAAUCGGUGAAAAUGAUCAAAAAAUUGGCACCACUGCGUUCCAAAAUACUUCCUCAGUUUUGCCAAAAAAAAAGAAAAUCAAAACACAAAUUUGUGCAAAAAUGAACGAUUUGGAAAUUUUCAACCGCUCAGUAGAACCCUAAAAGUGGACUUGAAUUUUCAUGAAUAACAGCAUACAUCAACGUAAAAUCUCAAAUACUUUCAUUUAAGACUGGGCCAUUAUUCCCAAAACAGGUUGUGUAGCAACAAGAGCGAAAAAACCACGAUUUUUCCGAAAAUUCUUCUUCUUUAAGGGUCCAAAUCUAAACUACAGGGGCACAUCCGGAGCUAAAAUGUUCUGUGGAUAACUUUCAACUUAGAAUGAAGGUCUCUGCUGAAUUUGGUCACAGUUCGACGACUCUUUUUUGCGAUCCAUCCUUAUGAAUUUAUUUUCUGAGACCAACCGGCUGCAAUAAUUCAUUUUUUGUACUGAAAAUAAA